AUGGCCGAAUCACCUGAAGUCCCAACAGAACAAACGCCGCUUGUUGGCGACGCGGCCAAUGCCAAGCCCAAGAUAAGCUUCGCCAGAGGGCUUGGGAUCAUGAUUCCGAUGGGAUGCUUGAUCCUUAUCCAGACUACCAAUAUCUCGAUGAUGACGACGGCCCAGUCCCAGGUAGCGGCUGAUCUGGACGCGUUCGCAGAGACAACGUGGUUUUCAGCGGCCUUUAUGAUUGCCGUCUCGAGUGUUCCCCCAUUAACCGGCCGGUUGUCGCAAAUAUUCAUGCCCCGAUCCAUUCUUCUCGUUUCGAGUAUUGUACUCUCGAUGGGUCUUUUCAUCACUGCAAUUGCUCCAAACCUCGCAAUCUUUCUUCUAGGCCGUGUUGUGUCAGGCUGCGGCAGUGGUGGCUUGACAAGUGUUACUAUAAUCUUGGCUUUGGAUAUCGCCACUCCAGAUCGACGGGGGAUUCUUAUUGGCCUCAUUAGCUUGGCAUUGACCACCGGCCUCUCCUUGGGUGCGAUCAUUGCGGGAGCAUUAACCCCCACAUUGGGAUGGCGCUUCAUAUUCUGGAUCCAAGCUCCUUUGGCCCUUAUAUCGGGGCCGUGUGUUUAUCUCGCUUUCCCGCGGGCAUCUACAGGAAAUGGCAAGAAAGAACCAGAGGACCUGUGGACAAAUCUCGCGCGGAUCGACUAUGCUGGAGCGAUUACAUUUACCUCUGCUCUCACGCUUCUCCUGACAAGUCUUGCUUCGCCCGAAGUGCUCAUUUGGCCCAUUCCACUUUCGAUCGUCCUGUUUGGUUUGUUCUUCGUAAUCGAAGGUUUAUGGGCCCGAGAACCUAUAAUACCGCUCCACGUCUUCUUUACCCGCAGUGUUCUGUUCAGUGCUCUAGCCGGCACUGGCUUGAUGAUGUCCCGCUGGAGUGUCAUCUUCUAUAGCCCGAUCUACACCAUGGUUGUCCGGGAAUGGUCCCCUGCGUCCGCCGGGCUUAUACUAAUUCCCACCAACGCAGGCUUUGGGCUUGGAGGGCUCUUGAUCUUGCGUCGUGACUUUCAUUGUGUACACACUGACCACAUGGGCGCUUGCCAUACUCUCCACUCCCGACUCGCCAAUACCGCUUUUUAUGAUAUUCACGUUCUUGAAUGGUCUCACGUGUGGGGCACUGAUGAAUUACUCAAUUUCGCACAUGCUGCAUCUAACCCUACCAAGCAUGCAUUUUAUCGUGAGCGCGAUAUUCACCACGGAGCAUUGGAAAGAGGCUUCGCUGAGCAUGGCUUGCCACCCCAACCAGAUCUGGUGCGGACUCUUCUAGGUAGCCCCGCGACUGUUAUGCGACUUGAGGGAGUCAAGCAUCUUGUUGCUAUACAGAGCUAUGAGCAGGCGAUUCGCGCCCUGUUCUGGGCGGGCGGUGGGUUGACUGUGCUGGCCACAGUGCUACAGGCGGGCACAGGAUGGACUGCUCCAUAUGAAGAGAUUUCUACGGAGGAGGCAGAAACCUCGUAA